AUGGCAGAAAGGAAACGUCGCAAGACCGCGGACGAGCAGAAGCUCUACUCACCCUUCGAGAUCCCAUUCAACCCGGAGCCUUUGCACAAGCGAAGGAAACUGCGAGUCGUCUGCAUCGGCGCCGGUUUCGCCGGCCUCACCCUGGCCUACAAGAUCCUCAUCGAGCAAAAAUUAGGCGAUGUCAUCGAUUUUCAAGUCUAUGAGCGACAUGACGAUGUGGGCGGCACAUGGCUCGUGAACAAGUAUCCUGGAUUGACCUGUGAUGUUCCGAUUCACAUCUACACCCUGCCCUGGGCGCCGAAACAUGACUGGACGAAGUUCAUGGCCAGUGGGCAGGAGAUUAGCCAGUAUUGCAAGGAUGUGAAGCAGAAGUUUGGGCUUGACGCCUGGAUCCAAUUCCACACGGUGCUGGAGCAAGCGGAGUGGGAUGAAGAGGCGGGGAAGUGGAAGCUGAGAUUGGAGCGGAACGGCGACGUCUUUGCCGAUGAAUGCGAUGUCCUGGUCGGGGCCGCGGGGACGCAGAACACACCAUUGAAAUCAGCCAUACGGGGUCUGGAGAGUUUCCAAGGAGAAGUACUGCACACAGGCCACUGGGACGAAGCAACCGACUGCAAAGACAAACGCAUAGCAGUGAUCGGCAACGGCUCCUCUGGAAUCCAGGUCUUUGGCGCGCUGCAGAAGCAAGCAAAGCAGAUCACGCAUUAUAUUCGUUCCGCCACGUGGAUUAGUCUCAAUUACAUGAGCCAGUUUACGCGAAAUGCAGACGGGAGGAACUUUGCAUAUACCGAUGACGAGAAAGCUGCUUUCCGAGACCCGCAGAACCUGUUUGAAUACCGACGAACGAUGGAGUCGACGAGCAACGGCAUCUUCAAGAAUUUGGUGUUUGAUGAGACGGCGCCGGAGGUCAAAAAAGCCUUCCGUGCAAACAUGGAAAAAGUGAUGAGAGAGCGACUCAAAGAAAAUCCAGAGAUGGUCGACAAACUCAUGCCCAGCUAUCAACCGUGGUGUCGCCGACUUACACCCGGAGACGGAUACCUCGAAGCCCUGCAAGAACCCAAUGCCCGCCUCGUAGACGACCCGAUCGAAGAGAUCACGCCCAUCGGCAUCCGUACCACUUCAGGACACGAGAGCGACUACGACAUGAUCAUCGCCGCCACCGGCUACGUCAACACCAGGGUACCACCCUGGAAGAUGAUCGGCAGGGACGGCAUCACGCUCGCCGAGCGCUUCAAAGAAGACGCCGACGGCUACCUCUCCGUCGCCGCGCCGUCAAUGCCCAACUACUUCUCCAUCGGCUGCGGGCCGAACUUCACUAUUGCCAAUGGGCCCCUGCUGUCUGCGUACGGGUUCAUUUCGGAGUACAUCCUGCAAUGGCUCGCCAAGAUCGCCAAAGAAGACAUCCACAGCGUGUGCGUCAAAGACGACGUCGUGGAAGCGUACAACAUCUACAUCCAGCAGAUCCUGCGCCGCACGGCGUGGAAUCGCGAGUGCGAGAGUUGGUACAAGAAGGGGCGCAAGGAUGAGUAUCGCACGGGGAUCACGGCCAUCUACCCGGGGAGCAUGAUGCAUUUCAAGUCCAUGCUGGCCGACAUUCGACCGGAGGACUUCGAGAUUCGGUACAGGAGUCGGAAUCCGUUCAAGUUUUAUGGGUGUGGGCUGACGGAGCUGGAUUUGUCGUCGGAUCAGCCGGAUCUGAGUGGUUAUUUGGGGGAGACGAUGAGGACUGAGCAUAUGCUGUGA